AUGCCGUUAUCGCCUUCUCCGACUCCUGGAAUUCACCCACCACCAGGAUUAUGGAACUCCCAACCAGCCACAAAGACACGCGGCGCUCAGAGGAGGGUGUACGGCAAGCGAAAGGCGGACGCACCACGAGCGGUAUUCGAUCAAAGAAGCCCGCUCAAGGGACUGGAAAAGGCGACAAAGAGAGCAGUGCGCAAUGCCGUUGACCAGGUACAAGAGAAACUGGCCGAAGUCACACUAGACGAUUCAUCAGCGAGCUUUAAAAAAGGCGAAAGUACCGAGAGCUCCCCGGAAGCCGCAAAUGAGGAGGACAAACAAAACGCGGCUCCAUCACCAGGGUCUCAAUCGCCAGAGGAGGAGAGUAUUCCCGAGCCAUCACCCGUGAAGAGCACGCCCAAGUCGCAAAAACGCUAUGAGACUAUGGUGGAAGUCAGAAUUACUCCGAGACGCAUUGAUAUCAUUACCCCACCCAGGAAGAAGGAAGUGAAGGAAACCGAUACAGAAGGCAAAACUAGGAGAACAAGGCAGAAAAAGCCUACACCACGUCUGUCCUCGGGAUGCGUCGAAGAUGAGAAAGUGAACAACUACGUCCGUGCUGUCCUUAAUGAGGCCUUAUCUCCAGUCGCCGCUCAUGGCGUCCAGAAAUUCGGCUCAUGGGCAGCCCGAGCCGGCAAUAUGCUGGAGGUCGUGAAACUGGCGGAAGGUUCUUACGGAGAAGUGUACAAACUGCGUUUGCGCGAGGAGAUCUGCAAGAAAGAGAUGUCCAAGUCAAGACUUGCUCGCUUAAGGGCCUAUGGCGAUGGCGUGUUCAAGGUUGUCCCUUUGCGUGCGCAAAGCGGUCCCGGUUCGAAGAAAUUCACGGGCAUUGAGGAGAUAGUCUCUGAGGUCAAGAUGCUCAAAUACUUGGAUCCCAUUCCGGGUUUCGCUCGGUUUCGGGAAAUUCACGUUGUGCAGGGCCGGUUUCCGGAGUCGUUCCAGAGUGCCUGGGAUCAUUACAAGAAGACCAGGGAUGAUUGUCUGAAUCCCAAUCCUUCGAGUAAAAGAGCAUAUCCGGACUCGCAGCUCUGGGCGGUCGUGGAGAUGGAUGACGCUGGCUGUGAGCUUGAGAAGUUCUCGUGGUCUUCAAUAUUUCAGAUCUACGACAUAUUCUGGGGGGUUGCGAUGGCUCUGGCACGAGCUGAAGAAUAUGCGUUGUUUGAGCAUCGGGAUCUCCAUCUUGGAAACGUGUGCAUUAAGACAACUCGCGCGGAUGGCUGCAUGGAUCCCCCAACAGAUACGGAUAUUAUGCAUCAAUCAUGGACGAGUGACUUCGGACUCAGCACGUUGGAGACCACCAUCAUCGAUUAUUCGCUUUCUCGUGCAGAAUUGCGGGCUGUUGGAGAGACGAACGAGGUGGUGGACAUUGCCUCAUCAGAUCUCGAUAAGAAGCAAAUCUUCGAUGCAAUUGGCCGCGACGAAGACGAGGUCUUGCUGAGAAACACAUAUAGAUACAUGCGCGCGGAAGUCUACCACGGAAACCCCACCGAUUCCCAAAAGACCCCCGAUAUCCCGGGCAUCUGGGCUGAAUAUGCGCCCAGGACGAAUCUUGUCUGGCUGCUAUUCAUCCUCAAGAAUCUCCUCAAAAACCGAAAGGCCGAGCCCUCUCCACCACCACCACGAACCACGAGGAAAGCUCUAGCUCCGUGCACUCCCAACAAGAGCCUACAAACCAAAGCUGCCACGAAAUCCGGCGUAAAAGCAACCAAGCCCCUCGUGACCCAGUUAAAUUCCACUGCCGCCCAGAAGGUCACGCAGCUGAAAACGACGCUCGAAGAGAGGUUAAAGUCCAUCCUGGCCCUUCUCGAUCUCGAAAAUGGCCAUGAGGAUAUGUGCUGCGCUGCAGAUUUGGUGGCCUAUGCCAUCGACUCGCAAUGGUUGAGCGAAGAGGAUUUCUUCUAG